UGGUGCUUAGGGGAGAGGGUGCAGCUGCGGGAGUCCGAGCAAUAAUGCACUUUUUGACGGAGCCUUGGAGUGGCAUACACGAUACACAGCUUGUGUAUUUAACGCGUGUGCGCUGGCUUAACCUUUGUUGCAAGCGGGUUUAUUUUUUAACGCCAGCAGGCUGCGUGGCUAACCAAGCCAGCUCGCUAGCAUAGUAGCCGUUAGCCACAUGUUGCGUUUAGGUUUCCCUUCGCUUUGCGUCGACUCAGACAACUACAUAGGUUGAUAUGGCUCGGAGGAAAGACGUGUUUCAGUCCAAGGUUCUGCAGAGGCUCUACCCUGCAGCUCCCAAAUCGGAGAAGGAGCCUAGCCCACCACGCACUGUAGAGGCCCUGGCCAAACCAAACUAUGGGAAAAGGAAAACAUCUCGUCAGGAGAACACUGCCGCUGGAGAUGCAGGAAAGACGCCGAGCGCAGCCAAUCCGGGCAGGCGGAUGUACACGGUCCUACCUCCUCCCGCAGACUACACGACUGAUUCAGAGAAAUCCGUCACACUCGCUCAGCUAGAAAGCAUAAAUAGUGCUGAGGACCCAGCUGUGCAGAGCGCCAGUGGUAGCGACCAUGAGCAAGAGGAGGCACACAAACGAAAAAGGAAGAGGAAGAAAAAGAAACAACCUCUCCAUCAAGGCUCCGGGAACGAUGGCGCAGCUCCAGAGAGCGAGGGUCAGAGUCGGACAGCCCUAGAUGAGGGAGGAGAGCGCAUUAGCAGGAACAAGAAGAGGAAGCUGAAGAAGAAACGGCACAAAGACAAGCUGCUCUCCAUGGGCCUGAUGCCCCGGGCCGCUGCCCUGGAGUUCACUUACAGAAAAGAUGUGGAGGAAGCAGAGAAGGAAGAGGAGGAGGAGGAUAAUGAGACGAGAGCUGCCGAGGUGUCAGACUUCCUCAGGACAACAAUUGAAAUCUAUAAGUCAGAUUCCUCGUCGCAUGGAGACGAGCCAUCCCUCCUGUCGGGGACAAUGGACAACCUUCUGAGCAGCAUAGCAAGCGGACACAGGCCCACCUCUGUCCUGGAGCAGCUCUAUAGUCUCAAGGCCUUCGUGCAACAGAAACAGACAGAGAAGCUGGAAAAAGCUCUGCAGGAGCUCUAUAACACUUCUCUUAUGUCUGCAGAGGAAACCACAGCCGUCGUUUCACUGUUCCAAUACUGGAUCACAGACAUUCUUCCCAUGCAGGGAGACAAGAAGACAGGGCUUUCUACAACACACCCAUGAGACUGUCAGUCACGCUGAGCCGGAGACUCGACUGAAGGAUUAUUUCUCCUGUGCUCCAACGCUUUAGACAAAAAGUUAUUGAUAUGCUCACAAUGUUGUAAAAUAUUUUUUUUUAUUAUAAAAUAUUUUUCCUUUUGAUCUAU